UGCGCAGGAGGGCAAAGGGCUCCCGGGCGCCGCAGCGAGCAGAAGACGAAAGACCAGUUGCAUCCGACUUCACAAUGGCAUCUGAAAACAAGGCCACGAAUACUGGCCCGCCAAAGGCUGAAGAAGAGCUUCAAGUGAACAUAGUAAACAGGGUGGCCAGCUUGCCCUUUAUCAGCUCUGCCUACAACCUGGUCUCCUCUGCUUAUAGCUACACCAAGGGGAUACAUCCGUACAUCAGCAACAUCUGCAGCGUGGCAGAGACCGUGGCUGCCAUGGCAGUGGGCAGCGCAGUUGGUGGCGUGCAGCCAAUUCUAAGCCACCUGGAACCUCAGAAAUCAGUGGUGUCCUCCACUGUCAAUACUGCCAAGGAAGCUGCUUGUGGUGCAAAGGACAUUGUGACCAGCAAAGUGAAUACAGUUCUAGGGCGGAGCAGAGAGGCCGUCCAGGACGGCGUGGAGAUGACCAGUUUCGUGGUGACCAACAGCCUAAAUAAAGCCAAGGCAGCAGGCCAGCUGGUGGCGAGUGGAGUGGAUGCUGUGCUAGAGAAAUCACAGGCGCUGGUGGAUCACUACCUCCCCCUGACAAAUGAGGAACUGGUUAAACUUGCCAUAGCCAUCGAGGGUUUCAACAUGGCCUCCGUGGAAGAACAGAAACAGCGUCAGAGUUACUUCGUGCGCCUGGGUUCCCUCUCAAACAAAGUCCGCCACCGAGCCUACCAGCACUCCCUGAACAAGCUGCGGCUCAUCAAGCAAAACACCCAGGACAGUCUUUCGCAACUCCAGCUGGCAAUAAACCUCAUCGAAUACGUAAAACAGGGCGUUGGGCAUAAGCUUCAGGAUAGCCUGGAGAAGCUUCAACAGCUGUGGAUUGAGUGGAGCCGGACCCAGCCGAGCGGGAGCCCCGCUAAAGAUGCUUCCCAGCCUGAGCAGGUCGAGUCUCGUAUUCUAGCCAUGAUGCGUAUCAUCACCCAGCAGCUGCACCCUGGCUACGUGAAUCUGGUAUCCAGCAUCCAAGGCCUCCCUAGUGACAUCCAGGAAACAGUGCAACAGGCUGUUAACAACGUGCAGCAGCUCCACGCUUCCUUUUCCAGAGCUGAUUCCUUCCAGGACCUCUCCAGCAGCUCCCUGACCCAGAGCCAGGAGAAAAUGACAAAGGCCCAGGAGUCUCUGGAUGCCCUACUGGAGUACAUCUCACACAACACUCCCCUCAACUGGCUUGUGGGCCCCUUCUCUCCGUCAGUCAGAGCGACCCAAGAAGCCACAGAGGAGCCGAAAGAAAUUAUGAUGACAGAGAUGAUAUCAUCUGCACUGCAAGAGGUGGCUUCAGCACAGAAGAAGGUGGCUGAGGUCCCCAAGGCACCAGAGAAGGAGAUGGCUGUGGCACUGAAGGAGGAGGCCAAAAUACCUAAAGCACCAAAGGAGUCAAUGAAAGCACUGAAGAAGGCAUUAGAGGAAUUGACCAAGGCAUCAGAGAAGACGGUGGCUAAAGAAACAAAGAAAUAUCCUUGAAAUGUUCCAACUAUUGCAGCCAGCUUCCAUGGAAAGAACAGAACUUCCCUGUCGGUUUUAGUCACUCAUAUACCUGCCAGACCCAUCAAAGGGGUGAUUGCCUCUCUGCACCUACCCCUGACACACUAUCCCAUGCUCAGAGCUAAACAUACAGUCAGCUCAUCUAGCUGUAUCUUGCAGGAAACUCACUAACCAAAGUGGCUUGACUGUCUGCACCUACCGCUCAUGCCUUAUUUCUGAAGCACACUGUACUGAGGUGGGGGAAGGGGGGUUCUCAGUGUUGGCUGCAAGAGCUGCACGUCUGUGGCGGUCCAUGCGUGGAUUGCUAUGCCUAGCUGUGGACAGAUGUAGAGGAAAGCAGCCGUCUUGCAAAAAGUCAAGUAAUGCGCCCAAGCUGUGGACAGCUUAACACAACAAAACGAUGCCCUUAACUUUUGAUACUGUUUCCUCCUCUUAAUUGUUAUAGCUGUCCAUCAUGUACACUUCAAUAUACUACCCCUUUUCUGACUGUGCUGCUCCCUGCAGGGCUGAGACCAUCAACGGGACAGUCGGCAGCAGCUGUGGGUGUCUCCUUCCCAAGACCAUUUCCAAACCUUUCUUUUGCACAGAAAUAGUAUCAAGGGGAGAUUUUUUUUUUUUUAAAGUGCCAGUGUUCAAUGGGACUUGUGCUUCCAACAUAUUCGGUGCUUUUAAAAAUCCUACUAAAAAAACUAACUCUGUGCAUGUCAUAUUCACGCCAAGCACUCUGCAGCCAUUGGAAAAAAUGGCUCACAGCAGCUUUUCCAGGAGUUGCUUAGAUGGAUCCAACAUUGCCAUUGUCGUGGGAUUAAUUGAGUUAUACAGUGGGAAGGAUUGGUGCUGGUGUGUCUUGGUGAUCAACUCCUAGUGACUCCUUUACUACUGAUGCUUAUUCCAAUAGUCCCUCCAGAAACAAACUGCUGAGUUUUAAUUUAUGGAAAAAUGGCAACAUGGUCUUCAAAAUAAAUCUCAAUUGC